UUGAUCCGUAUUUAAAGUGGGCGUCGUGACCAAGGCUUCAUUCACCGACAACAUGGCUCGCCUGGCGGUCGUGGUCGCCUUUGCCGCAGCUGUCUGCCUGGCGCACGUGGAGGGACAGCAGAAGAAGAAAACUGACUACACUGCCAUUGUCAAGAAGGUCCAAGCUUCUGGUGCGGCACUGCCGGGCAAAUUCGCCAGUCAGUGGACCAAAGUGCUUGCCGGACAACGCACGCGAGUCCUGGCUCUGCAGAGAUCUCUCCUAAAGAAGCAGAGCUCUGCACAGAGCAGGACUGCCCUCACCAACGCCUUCUCCCAGCUGAACAAGAGCUUGGCGAAGGUGGACGUGCAGGUGGAUAAGUACAACAAGCAACAGGGGCAGGAGGCCAAGCAGCUCGUCCAGCAGUAUGUCUCUUUGCUGCAACAACGCGCAAAAGCAACGGGUGCUGCAGCGACCGCCGAAGGCCCAGUCCAGCAGCUUCGCAAGAACAAGAUGGCCCUCCUCAGGCAGUGGGAGAACCGGGUCGUGGAAGUCAACUCCAAGUACCGCGCUGCGUACAGAGCCUCGUUGGGAGCGGCAGCCAAAGCGUCCGCGUCCAACAAGACCGUGCGCCAGGCUUUGCGCGCCGCAUUCACAACCCUCCUUGCGGAAGCAGUCGACGACCAGGAGGAGAACAUCACAACACUCUCGGCCAAGCAGUUCCCUCAGGUCGAAGAGUUCGCCCUCCUUGCUGGGAAGAACUUGCUGGAGCUUCUCGUCGCCGCGCAGGGCUCUCUUCUGUGAUGAGAAGCUGUUUUACUUUGAAGUGCGCAAGCAUUGUAACGGUACAUUUCUGUGCUGAUACACUCUGCUACGGCCAAAAUAAACCGUGUGACUCACUUUA